AAUGGCGACAAGCGCGAAAAUCAAAACACGGUCAAAAUAUUCUGAAAUCGUUGUGAAUUUAUAUGAGUUGUUGCCAUUUUCUCUACAGUUCUAUGUUUAUAACAAGCUGUAUAAAUAGGUAAUUAUGUCUGAGAGUGUAAGUGGCUCUGAUAGUUCCACUGGAAAGGAUAAUUCCAGUGCGUUUGAAGGUGAUGAUGAAGAAGAAGUAAAAGACAGUUCUGUGAAGAAGAUUCCACAAAUUGAAGAUUUUUCAUUCAUUAAACCAAUAAGCCGUGGAGCAUUUGGGAAAGUAUUUCUUGGGUGUAAAAAAGAAAACCCAGAAAAACUCUAUGCAAUCAAAGUUAUGAAGAGAGACUAUAUGAUUAACAAGAAUUUAAUUCGUCAAGUGAUGAUGGAAAGGAAUGCUUUGGCUGUGUCUCGAAGUCCAUUCAUUGUUCAGCUCUACUAUUCUCUUCAGUCAAACAAGAACAUAUUUCUGAAGAAUGAUCAAUACCUUAUGGCAAUUGCAACUGGCUGCAGAAAGGGAAAUGAUCUGAAGAAUCAAGAAUUCUCUGAUAUUGACAUGCCAUUAAAGAAAAGAUGGUCUGAUUGUCUGGGUACAAAGAAUGAAGCUGUAUUUUCCUUAAUCUUGUGUCAGUUUCAAAGAAAUUCUGAUUCUUGA